CACAUCCGCGGAAACCGCUGCAGGCUCCACCGGCUCCCCGCGCUGCGUUCGCCUCUUCUCUGCCCCUUUCAUCAUCCCCCGCUUCCUUGCCCUCUGGUCGGAAAUCUCGUUCUCUUCAUCCCCAGUCCCUUGGCUUUUACCUCUUUCUGGCUUUUGCUCCCCUCCCCCUACUCCUGUCCUUCCUCUUUUUCGCAUUAUAACCCCCUACUUUCUUCCUCUCACCUUGUAAGCUUUUUUCUAGGCCCCCCAUUUUUUUUCUUAAAAAAAAAAGGGGAACAAAAACCCUAUUGCUACAAAUGAGAAUUUUGAGGGUAACUUCGCUAGAGCCAGAGACCUUUUAAAGGAAUGCAUCGGUGUGCAGGAAUCGUGGUGAAAGACAGGACGGAGUCCAAUGUGAGAAUGGCUAUGACUUUGGAAGAAGCUCCGUGGCUGGGCUGGCUCUUGGUGAAAGCACUGAUGAGGUUUGCCUUCAUGGUCGUCAACAACCUGGUUGCUAUUCCAUCCUACAUCUGCUAUGUAAUUAUACUUCAGCCCCUUCGAGUGCUGGACAGUAAGCGGUUCUGGUAUAUCGAAGGAAUCAUGUAUAAAUGGCUUUUAGGAAUGGUAGCUUCCUGGGGAUGGUAUGCUGGAUAUACAGUGAUGGAAUGGGGAGAAGAUAUUAAAGCAGUUUCAAAAGAUGAAGCAGUGAUGUUGGUGAAUCAUCAGGCAACAGGAGAUGUGUGCACACUGAUGAUGUGCCUCCAGGACAAAGGACUGGUUGUUGCUCAGAUGAUGUGGUUGAUGGAUCAUAUUUUUAAGUACACAAACUUUGGAAUUGUUUCUCUAGUUCAUGGAGACUUCUUUAUAAGACAGGGAAGAUCUUAUCGUGACCAACAGCUGCUGCUUCUCAAGAAGCACUUAGAAAAUAAUUACAGGAGCAGAGAUCGAAAAUGGAUUGUUUUGUUUCCAGAAGGGGGCUUCCUCAGGAAGAGGCGAGAAACAAGUCAGGCAUUUGCCAAGAAAAAUAACUUGCCAUUUCUUACAAAUGUUACUCUGCCAAGGUCUGGGGCAACAAAAAUUAUUUUGAAUGCACUUGUAGCACAACAGAAAAAUGGAAGUCCAGCAGGAGGAGAUGCUAAAGAAUUAGAGCAUUAUAGAACAGGAGCACCAAAGUUCAUCCUUAGAAUUUUUCUUAAAGCAAAAGACAGCAAAUCAAAAGGCCUCCAGUGGAUAAUAGAUACAACGAUAGCUUAUCCCAAAGCUGAACCUAUAGAUAUUCAAACCUGGAUCCUUGGAUACAGGAAACCAACAGUCACACAUGUACAUUACAGGAUCUUUCCAAUUAAAGAUGUACCCCUGGAGACUGACGACCUUACCACUUGGCUCUAUCAGCGGUUUGUUGAAAAAGAAGACCUCUUAUCACAUUUUUAUGAAACAGGAGCUUUUCCACCUUCCAAGGGCCAUAAAGAAGCUGUUUCCAGGGAGAUGACCCUCAGCAACUUGUGGAUAUUUCUCAUACAGUCUUUUGCAUUUUUGUCAGGCUAUAUGUGGUACAACAUCAUUCAGUAUUUUUACCAUUGCCUGUUUUAGGAAUUGACGUGGACUUGUCAAGGUCACUGUAGGAGUUCAGACUUUCUUUCAUAAGUGUGCAUUAUUUUACAUGUGCAAAUCAGAAUAUAUUUAAAAAAAAAGCAAAAGAAAUUCAAUGGAUGGAUUAAUAUUUAUCCCCCUUUGGGAUAUUUUAAAACUCUACUAAAAUGAGGAUUAGUAAUAUAAUGACCUGCUAAUAUAUUUUAAGAACAUGUUUUAAAAAGAUACAUUCUAUCACAUAUUUAAGCAAACAUCACAUUUGGAGAAGAGGAAAUCAUAAAAUCAUCCUAGAAGACUAUCUGAGAGAAAUUCUGUUGCCACCAGUUAUACUUGACAAUUUAGUUGAAGCUCAGAAAGUUAUAUUCAUCCCUCUUAGCUGUAGUCUAUAUUAGGGCAGUUCUCUAGAACGCCCACAUUUCCACCAACUCAGUAAACUUGAGGGGAGCUGGUUGGCACCUCGUGAAGAACUCUUUCCCUGUCGUUUGCAGUAACAAACUCCAGUCUGUUGCAGUAACAAACUCCAGUCUGUUGCAGUAACAAACUCCAGAAUAUUGACAUUCUCUGUGGGGGAAAAGCAGUGUCCACUGGACCCCUUCUGGUACUGGAUGUGUUCUUUACAAAGGCUAGCUCAGUCCAACACUGUGUUUACAUACACUCGUGCUUUUCCUUAUCUGACUUCUCAUUUUGUAUCAGGCAUAUCAUAAAUUGAUAAUUUUGCAAAAUACACUUUUUUGAGAUGCAGAUAUAGCAAAGGAUUAGUAAUAUAGCCUGAAAACAAAUGGGAGCAUAGCAGUGUGUGAGGUUCUCGAGAACUGUCUUGUCUCUGUGUGUUUAUUUGCCUGCCAGUGCUCUCCAGCGCCAUCCUGCCCUGGACACCACCCUGACGUGAUGCCUCUAUUGCAGCUCAGAGGCUUUAUUUUCUCCAUUUUGACAUUGGCACUAAAUGCAUUUGGGGAUGGUUAAAACAAAUUAAUAUAGAACAUUUAAAUGAUCAGUUUAAGGGGAAAUAGGCUAGUUUAUAGAAAAAUAAGAGCUAGUGGCUUAUAAUGGUGACAGGUUCUCAUGUGGCACCCCUAGGACCUGUGCAGACAGUAGUCUGGUGAAUCAUUACAUCAAGGAGCUGCCCCUGUCAGGGUGAGUGUAAUUAGGAAAGAGACCAGCACAAAAGGCUCCCCCGCCAAUCUCUUCCAGCUGCUUUUUCUUUUUUCUUUUUUUUUUUAGACAGGUCUUACUCUGUCACCCAGGCUGUAGUGCAGUGGCAUAAUCUUAGCUCACUGCAGUGUCUGCCUCCCAGGUUCGAGGGAUUCUCCUUCCUCAGCCUCCCGAGUAGCUGGGACUACAGGCACCCACCAUCAUGCCUGGCUAAUUUUUGUAUUUUUAGUAGAGAUGGGGUUUCACCAUGUUGGCCAGGCUGGCCUCAAACUCCUGACCUCAGGUGAUCCGCCCACCUCGGCUUCCCAAAGUGCUGGGAUUGCAGGCGUGAGCCACCACGCCCGGCCUCCAGUUGCUUUUGAAGAGGGUAAAGUCAAGUUUCUAUUUCUAGAAAACAUUUUUUAGAAAUUUGUUGCGAUGUUUGUACAAUUUACCUCAUGAGAGAACCACACCCUUCUCCAAAAGUGCUGGUACUGCAUCAGUGAGAUGAGUAGGGUUUUUGUUUGGGAUUGUAAGGCUAUUAAGAUCCUAGUAAGUCAGUGGUAGUUUACUAUGAUGUGAGCAUUGUAGAUUCCCCUGUUGUCACUAAUCACACAAAUAACAAUUUUGAGAAGUAGGCUAUAAAACAAAAAAAGGUUGCUGUUUUCUAUUUUUAAAUAAACCAAAAAAAAAAAAACAGAAAAGAUGUGAAUUUUCCCCAGUUAUGUGGGAAAGGUAAAGCAACACCAAAUAAAAGCCCACAGCAGCUUCAUCUUUAGGAUAACUCAGUGCAUAUGUGAAAGAGAAUGAUGCAUUAACUGAAAUACCUCAUUGAAUAUUAUACUACUACUGGUAAAAUGCAGAAGACAGUGUUAAUGUGUUUGGUUUGGGGACUGGUUGUUAUAAAAUGCAAUUUUUUUGAAAUCUAAGCAUUUCAUUAUGUGUUCUACAGUGUCAGUGAAUAAAUGAAACCAAUCUCAAUUUAGAGGUAUGGAUGAUGACAGAAAGCCCAAUAGAAGCUUAAUGAUGCUUCUGUUUGAGGCCCAGCAAGCACCACUAAAUUACUGGAUGAAAUGAAAUUGUUCACUUGAGGGAUUAGUCAACCAUUUGGGGGAGAAGUUGCUCACUGUCAAAUACAGCAUGCACGGUCCUAGCUGAUAGACCUUUUCCUCAUUGCUACAGCAAGCCACAGGGUAGAGUGACCAGUUCUCCUAUCCAAAAAUAAAUGCGAACAUGCAUACAUAAAUGUGGCUGAGGGCCACUUUUGCCAUCACUGUGCUCCAAAGGAACAUGAUAUUGUUAAAUAUACUGUACACAUUAAAUUAUUCUAUAAGAUGCUUUACUUUUCAAGUACAGUGUCAUUUUCACAGUCUCCAGGGUGACAAAUGCCAAUAGAUAUGUGAGUUAAUUUUUUUAAAUAUCUCCGUGAGUUGUAAAUAGAUGUGUAUUUGAUCUGCCCUAUCCUUCUUUGAGUCUUUAACAUGUUCUCUCUCUUCUGUUUGCAAAAUAUGUUUGAAAGCAUUGGUAGUGCUUUCCUUAUCAGUAACUGGAGUUCUCCUGCUUGCACUAGAGAAGGUAAAGAGAGAAUCAGUAUUCUUAUAUGGCAAUCUGGGGAAGCAGCAAUAUGCCACUGUACAAAACUGAAGAAAAGUUCCUAAUUUGUACUUUGUGAAGGGAGAUGAAAGGACGUUUAAAGUAUAUAUAUUUUGUCAAGAGGAAAGAAGAUAAAACUAUGCCAGUUUUAUAUCAAUAGCUUGUAGAAGCUCAGCUCUUCUUGGUCUUGGCUAGACUGCCUAGAUUCCCACAGCAGACAAGGUUGAGAAUCCAUUGCUGGAAUCUUGGUAUUGAUGAGUUACAGUGAUGGAACAUGUGCUUGGCCACAGGCAGGUCCAGUCACUGCAAAAGUGACCAAGCCAGCAGGUCACCCUUAACUUCAGAAACAAUUAUUGGUGGUGAACUGUACUUAAAUUGCAGAGAAACCUGUAAGUAAUGGAAGGUAAAGAAAAAUUACAGAAUGGAAAAUAAUAUUUUGGGUAAGCAAACAAAUUCACUGAGAAUUCCAAAAGUAUAUUAAAAAAGAAGAUAGCUAUGAGUUCAGAUCUAUCUUAUUGGUCUUUAAUAUUACAACCAAUCCUUAACUUUCCACUAUAAAGGAAGGAUUACUAGAUUAAUUACUUUCUGGAUAGAUAAUCUGGUAAUAAAUGAUAGGUAAAUCAAAAAUUACUUUUAUUUAGGAGUUUGAAUUCUUAUUCUCAUCAGACUUUUUUUUCUAGGGAUGCUUACUAAUUAAAUGAUUUAAGUUGUUGCUUAGGGGUUUUUUGCCUAUAUAUUUAUGACUGUGUUAAUGAGUAGUGAAAUGAUGCAGAAAGACAGACAGCUAUCAGGAAGAGGAAAUACAGAAGCCUGAAUAAUCUAUGGGUUAGAAAAGCAUCCCUGAAUAAUCAAAAAUUGGCAGUAUUGGCAUUGUUCUCAAGCCUUUUUAUGAAAAUGAGAUCUGAAAUCACCAAAUGUAAACCUGGGAACAUUAUUCUAGUGUUGCUGUCUUGGAUUCAUGUUAAGAAGCGUCUUCAUUCUUUGCUCAUGUUGCCCACUUCUUGUGGAUUUGUCUGAGUGUUUUUUGACAAUCACUUCCUUAAAGACUCUUCUGAACUAGUUGGACCUGGUUAAUCAUAGAGCGUAGCCUUUAAUCAUGGAUAGUCUUCUUGGAUUAUUUUUAUAUUUGAAAAGAAAAUGUUUUAUUUGCACUACUGAGUAGGAAGAGUUAAUUGUUUUCUUUGUUCUUUUUUUGAAGUCAUUACACAGGACUUCACUCCAGAGUUACCAUUAUGAGUGUGUUCAGCUCUGGUCCACAGAGGAUGGAUAAAAAUGGUUUAUUAUGUUUUUUUGCUCUGCAGUGCUAUGAGCCUUAUAUCUGUUAAUAUGAAGGACAAAGUCAAAAGCAGCAGUGGGUAGCAGGAAGGGUAGAGACUAAUAUGUUUGGGACCAAAACCAUCUAAGUUAGAGAUUUCCAGAUCACAGAGGGGCUGGGUAUUCUCUGGAGCAGUCAUUGGUUGGUGCUUUAUUGUAAUCAUUUUGCACCAAUCCCCAACAAUUAGGAACUGGACCCUGGGAAUAAGCUGAGGGUGCUGAACUGUUGGGGAAGGGUGACUGUAGCCAUAUGGAAGAUAAAAUAUGGGUUUUUCUGCAAAAUUUCCAUCUGAGGGUUUUUACAUUUAAUAUUUUUUUAAGACAGUUUAAAGAGCAAACGUUUUUUAAGUGUAUUCUAGUUGCAAAGUAUGCACACAUAUCUUGAAUGGCUUUAUUUUUAUUGUGUAAAACUGUUGAACACAUGACUGUGAUGCACAAAUUCUUUACGUGUAAGGAGUCUAUGCAUUUUACAGUAACUUAUUUUAUGAUUGGGUGAUGAGACAGUUAUACUUUCAACUGCCAUUAUUUUUAUUAAGUGCUUUCAUUUUCUUUACAGUUAUUACAAAAUUGUAUUUAUUUUAUACAGAUGGGUUUUCAUUUUCCUGAUGCUGUAAUGUUUACUUCAGCUUGUUGACCUUUCUUUGUGUUAUCUGCAUGUUGUAACGUGUGAUAAGAAUGAAUGUAAAGGCUGUGGCAACUGUAAUUAAUUUUUGUAAAGGGCUGGUCACACGUGGAUCUGGUUUAUGAAUGCAUUUGGGAUGAUUUUGGUAACCAGAUCACCUUUUCAGAAAUUUAGAUGUGAACACCAAAAGAAGCAUUUUCUCAACAAAAAUUAAUAGCUGGUUCUAUUUUUUUUAAACCUAGAAAAAAUAAAGUUGAUUUUUUUCAAUUAAAGUGCUUUUAAUUCUUAGCAGUGGGGAUGGGGCAUGUGUGUUUUACCAGAGCUACUUGGGCAUUAAUAUCUGCAGGCAUGUACUUAAAGCACACUGUGGCAGUUGGAUGCUGAAGGCAAACUGAAAAACCAAAUGAAAAAACAUCAGACUUCCUUCUUUGGUUUAAAAAUAUUUCCCCCUUUCUCCCCAUUCUCCCAAUCCAGUGGUGUGCUGGUAAAUGUUUAGCAGUCCACUCUUCUGGGAAAAAAUUAUGUAUUCAACUAUACAUGUUUGUUAUAAAUUUUGCUGAUAGCAAGAACAUAUAACACAAUUAACAAAUAAUAAGAUACAAAUACUUUAUUGUAAAUCCCAUAUAGCCAGUUGAUUCUCACAGUAUACUUAGUUGCUCAGGAAAGAACUAAAAUGCUUUUUUAAAAGGAUACUUAAUUGCUUUUUGCUCAACUCCUACAGUCAACCUAUGAUUGAUUGUCUUUCAACUGUGAUUUGAAAAAUGGCAGACUGUCCAAAUCUAACUCAUUUCCCAAUAAAUUUAUUAUCAUUCAAUCUGAUAUGUGAUCUACUGUUAAAACUGUUUCUUACCAUGGUACAUAUUAGACUCAUUAAGCCGAAACCACUUUUAGUUUUAACAUUAAUUGUAAAUUUAUAUGAUUCAAUUUUAAUAACCAAUGCUUUACAACUGCAAGCAAAAUUCUAAAAUGUGACCACUGGGUCUUGGGAAUCAGCAGGGGCUGUAUCCAGCACACCACUGCCCCAUCCUUUUUUUCUUAACUAUUAGUGUUGAAUAAACUUCUCAUAGUUAAUCUACUUGCUGAACUCAGGAAAUUCCUAUCACUGACCCUGGCAAGGGCUUUAAAGGGUAGGAAAAGCAUUAAUGUCAGUCCUACACAGCGAACUUUUGAUUUAGAAGAAUGUGACAGAAAGAAAAUGUUUACUGAAAUACAUGGGAAGCUUGCAUAUUUCUAAAGUCGUCUUUAUACUUUUCAUUUCUCAAAGCUAAGUAAACUGUGGUAUAGGCAUCUCUAAGAUGUUAGCAUUUAAAACAUCAAUUGUUUAGGUAUUUGUAGACCUUAUUUGAUCCCACUGAAAAAUUUAAAUAUUAAAAUAUCUUGCACAGUCUACCAAAUGAGUUAAAUCAUUACAGUCGUGUCUACCUCUUAUUUUUCUAUCUGUAUUUAGGCUGCUGUUUUGGUGAGAUUCUAAUUUCUUUUUCCCCUGGAACUACUUUCUGUGGAAGACAAGGAACAGACUGGGGACAGAGGCCUGAAAACAAAUUGGAAGCACUCAGAGAUCUGUUGCUGACCAGCCCUAUUCCUCAUGAGUUGGCGGGGGGAAAGCCAUUGUUUUUAAUUUCCACUUAAUAUGAAAAUGCUUGUUUUUAAAAUGUUUUUUCCUGCUGAACAAAUGUAUUUUUAAAAGGAAAAAAAAAAUUCUCUUUUGGCUCUAAGAAGUCAGCUGUAUGAGCAGGCGUGACCAUAUCAUAUGCUGAUAUGAUAGAAAUCAAUAAAUUUUUACCUCUCA